UUAUUUAGCCUGGACAAAAACAUUCUAAAACCUCAAAAUCCCCCGAAGAUUCGAAUUCCGUUAUCCUCUAACCAAGACUCACACAUACUCCCUGCUUCCACUAUGGCGCUCACUGCUCCUCUAGUUCACAACGCAUUUCCAAAAAUCCCAAUAAUACCCUUUCAUGGCGAAGCUUUACCGUCUUCCUCAUCCUUUAUUUGCUCUCCGCUUACACUCUCGCGUUCUUCUUCCGUUUUUGGGAACCAUUCGCUCUCGAGAAAACAGUUCGUGGUUUUCGCGAGGAAGGUUUCGGGUCUGGAGGAGGCAAUGAAUAUCAAAAGAGAGCGUGAACUUCGAGUUGUGACAAAGUUCAAGAAAAGGCCUCCAUUAAAGCGGGGCCGAGUGUCUCCAGGUCUCCCUGUCCCUGAUCACAUACUAAGGCCUCCUUAUGUUGGUACAAAUAUACUUCCAGAAAUUGCAAGUGAGCAUCAAAUUCAUGAUUCUGAAGGCAUAGCUAAAAUGAGGGCUGCAUGUGAGCUUGCAGCACGUGUCUUAAACCAUGCAGGAACUUUGGUUAGGCCUUCUAUAACAACUAAUGAGAUUGAUAAAGAAGUACACCAGAUGAUAAUUGAUGCUGGUGCUUAUCCCUCUCCCCUUGGCUAUGGUGGAUUUCCGAAAAGUGUGUGCACAUCAGUUAAUGAGUGCAUGUGCCAUGGAAUACCUGAUUCUCGACAGUUACAGAAUGGUGAUAUUGUUAACAUUGAUGUGACAGUCUACCUGGAUGGAUAUCAUGGAGACACAUCAAAAACAUAUUUUUGUGGGGAAGUCAGCGAUGAACUGAAAAGUUUUGUCAAGGUAACUGAAGAGUGUUUGGAAAAGGGAAUAGCUGCGUGCAGGGAUGGUGCACUUUUUAGGAAAAUUGGAAAGAAAAUCAGUGAGCAUGCUGAAAAAUAUGGCUAUGGUGUAGUGGAGCGUUUUGUUGGACAUGGUGUGGGAAGAGUGUUCCACUCAGAACCAAUUAUUUUACACAAUCGAAAUGAAAAGCCAGGCCGCAUGGUUGAAGGUCAAACAUUUACUAUUGAGCCGAUUCUUUCUAUGGGAAGCAUUAAGUCUAUUACAUGGCCAGACAACUGGACAACAUUAACAGCUGAUGGUAGUCCAGCUGCACAGUUUGAGCAUACAAUUUUGAUAACCAAGACUGGAGCCGAAAUUUUGACUACAUGUUGAUAUGACUAUGCUCAGGCAACUAAAGACUGUCUUCCGGAGCUACAAUACCGAAUUCUCUAGUGCAUAAAAUUUCAUAUAUGAUGGCAGCAGUUUAGAGACAUAUACUAAGAACUACAUAUUUCUAUCAGAAAAUACGAAGGUAUGACAGUGCAUUCAGAGUCCUCUGCUCAGAUAACUAGUGGCUACCAAUUGCUUAAUUUUAUGUUAGGAAGUUAAAGAAAAAAAAAGUUAAACUGAGUUUUCAUAUAAGACAUCAGCCAUGGAACUCCUUGAGUUUUAAGCUUAAUUUUUUCAUAAUAGGAUUCUUCAAAAUUUAGAUUUA